CUGGUUCUGGUUUAGCCUGUACAGUUUGCGCAGGGAACAGGAAGAGAGGGAGUGCGUGUGUAUGCGUGCGUACGUGAAGACCAAAGCUCUGUUUACCGUGGUAGGGACCCAGCGCAGCUAUGGGGAAUUCACAGAAGAAGGCCCCCGGUCAAGGUGAGGGAGGGGGCCCGAACUAUCAACCUGGGACCCCGGGAGGCAGGAGGAGUCAUGGGAAUACCACAGCCAACUCAAAGGAAGUCCAAGGGAAGAGCACGGCAGUGAAUGGCACACUUCCAGCCGACAACAACCAGGAUGGGUCUCAGUCAUGCAGUCCUGCCGUCAGACCUGGCGCUACGGAGAGCUGUAAUCUGGAUGCCCCAUGUGGGGCCCUUCCUCCACCACUCGCCCGGCUUAAAAAUGAGGGAAAUAUGUUGUUCAAGAACGGACAGUUUGGAGAUGCGCUGGAGAAAUACACACAGGCCAUCGAUGGAUGUUUAGAAGCUGGUAUUGACAGCCCAGAGGAUCUAUGUAUUCUGUACUCCAACAGAGCCGCGUGUUUCCUGAAAGACGGCAAUAGCUCGGACUGCAUUCAGGAUUGCACCAGGGCCCUGGAGCUCCACCCCUUUUCACUGAAACCUCUCCUCCGGCGAGCUUUAGCCUACGAGUCUCUGGAACGCUACAGCAAGGCCUAUGUGGAUUACAAGACAGUACUGCAGAUAGAUAUCAAUGUGCAGGCUGCUCAUGACAGUGUACACAGAAUCACUAAAAUGCUGAUAGAACAGGACGGUCCUGACUGGCGCGAGAAGCUUCCGGAGAUUCCAAUGGUUCCUCUAUCUGCCCAGCAGCACAGUAGAGAAGAACCCAGUGCUGAGGUUCUGCAGGCUCGAGCAGCCCGAGCAGAAGAAGAGAAGACCAGAAAAACAGAAGCUCGCUUUACACUCCUGAAACAACAAGGAAAUGACCUGGUGAAGAAAGGACAGUUUCAUGAUGCUGCGGUCAAAUACACUGAAUGUCUGGCCAUCAAAACCAGUGAAUGUACCAUCUACACUAACAGAGCGCUGUGCUAUCUCAAGCUUGAACGUUAUGAGGAGGCCAAACAGGACUGUGACUCUGCACUUGAGAUGGAGCCAAACAACAAGAAAGCGUUUUACAGACGAGCUCUGGCCCACAAAGGCUUGAAGGACUACCUGUCAGCCAGCACUGAUUUACAGGAAGUACUGCAGUUGGACCCAAAGGUGCAAGAGGCGGAGCAAGAAUUAGAGACGGUGACUAACCUGCUUAGAGAAACCCUGUUAACUGAUGCUCAAGGUUGACAGAAGCAAUAAAUUAUUAAAUAAACUAAAGCUACAGGAAGAACAGACCCUCCUUCAUUAAAUCCAGAAACGUUGGAUCCAGCGAGUCGGAGAAAUCCAGCUUGAGUCCUGGAAGUCAGAGAGCGCGUGGUCCCGUCAGGAGGAUCUAUUCAUCUUUAUGCAGACUGUCAUACGCUGCAACUAAAAUUUCCCUUGAAUCAAAUCUCACUUCUAUUUCUUCUAGAACUAUUGUUUCUGAUGCAAUGCUGACAACACAAAGCAUGCAAACAGUUUACUCUCUCUAACCAUGGCUUCAGUAGGCACAUAUGAGCUGGGCACAGAUGGGAAAGACUGCAAUUCUGAUGUGUGUAAGAGAGAAUGUGCCUUUCAUAUGAAGCUGUGGCUCACAUAUGGAGUGUUAUUACACUUAAGGACAAAUUGAACUGUAUAGAAAAUUUUAAUUUUUCAGGAUUUAAUAUAUUUUUAAUUGCUAUUCCAUUGUCCCAUGUAGUAGGAAAGUUGCUUAGUUAUUUUUGCUUGUUCAGCUGUACCACGAUUUCAUUACGCACAGAGAAAACAAGAUUUCACAAUAUGUGAAUGAAUGUAAACUAAAAUUAGAUCUAGUUUUUCUUCAGGAUGUCAGCAAAUAAUAAUAAUAUAUUUCAGAUGACCAACUUUGCAAGAGCUAAAUAAAUAAAUUGCUUUAUAAAGUU